AUGAAAACCAUCAGCUACCAUGUACUGCGAAAUGAGCUUAAUUCUAUAUACGAUAAACAGCUGGAAAUGGCAGACUCCAUGUCCUAUGCUGACCAGCAAGAUGACGAAUCACUCUCAGAUGACGAUUAUGUCGUUGGCACAUUCGGAAGUGACAGUGAGUAAGAACGGUAAAGUAAAGAAAAUGUUAUUUGUUAUUACCAUUUGGGUAUUAUGUAAGAAAGGGGGGCCCUUAAAUCUUUUAACAUGAUUGAAGGGGGUACCUAAAAAAAUGGGUGCUAUUGAGUAGGGGUCUGGAAAUAAUUUGGGACAAAAAGCAAUUUCUCCUCCUGGUUUUAUUACAAUCUUUAUUACAAUAAAUGGCUUUACCUUAAUGGUAAACUGAGAAAUCUUUAGAAUCAGUAAUUCAAAAAAGUUCUUAACGAGAAGGUUAAGGUUCACAAUACCUGUUAAUAAUUAAAUACUUUCACGAGAGAAACAUUUUUAGUUUUUUUAUUUGUCAUUAUUUUGGUGAAGAGAAAAGUUACACUUAAACAAACAUUUAAGAUAUUCAACCUAUUCCUUUCAUUGUGUCUUCCUUGUUUUUGUAGCCCUGGGGUUCCCCUGGGUUUUUUCCAUCAUCUAGCCUCUAUCAGCCAUUUAUAACUACAGGGCUCAAAAUUGCAACUCACUGGUCGCCAAUGCGACCAAAAAUCAAGCGUUGGCAACUAGAGCUAGUCGACAGUGGGCGACUCACCUUCACCUUUUUCCCUCACCCUUUUAACCUCAAAGGAAAAUCAACCGUAUUUUUGGAUAAAAAGUACAAUUUAUCCGAACAGAAAUAAAACAAACCCACGACUCUUCUGGCUCUUCGAUCGCCAUGUUUGAUUCAGCAGCUGGUAUUGCGGGCACACUAAACAACACGUGCAAUCACUGAAACGUGAAGUUCACAAGAGGUCUGAUCCCUGGUCAGAUCAUGAAUAUUUCAUUGACUUCUAGGUCAAAGGAUGCUUUAAAUUCAUUGCAUACUUUACUAAAUGCAAACAAUGUAGAAUCGUGCAAGAAAUUGAUCGAUGAUUUGAGCUUGUUGUGGGCCAUUCAGGGGGAUAAAGCAGAUUUUAGCAAGCUGGUAAAGGGCAACCUUGGAACCAGCCUGAUACCAGACAUAGAUCGCAAACCAGCAGGUCAUCCUGUGGCGUUAAAAUCCACUGCAAACAGAGAUUGUUUGUAUAAUUCCACUUUGCUUUUUCUUUGUGGUGAUGAAACACGAAGUAACUGGCUGCGUCUUCUAGUUGCAGAAGAACUGUACCCCAAUGCUCAGUAUUAUGCAACGCAUGAAAUUUUCAAGAAAACUGCCAAAUUUACUGAGAUCCCGGAAUCAGUUCUAUUUACAGUUGCCUUGACGGCAGUUGGUGACAAAAUCAUAUCAGAUGGUGGGAGUCAAACUGAAGCAGUCAAGACUGAAGCUAUAACCAGUUGCAGAUUGGAGUGUGGGACUCCCUUCUUCACGUGAUGGCGUUCGCAUCGGUCAUCAGACAGCCAAUAUAUUCUUUAUAUCCAGACAUCAACUUACGGUUCGGUCCUUUAAUGCACCAGCUGCUAAACCCCCGUCUUUCUGCGUUGGAUUAUGGGCGUGAUCCUGUCUACUUGCUUUGGUCAAGGGAAGGCAGUCUUGAUAACCAACCAAACGCAUGGUACAAGCCUAACCACUUUGUGCUAGUAGCGUGGCGAUCAGAUGCAACCUCUCACACCCAAGCAACCCCCCAAGUACCUGUUAGCAACAUCUCGGCUAACGUGAAAUCUGUUGAAAAGAAAACAAGUGUCAGAGCAAAACAGGGAAAUAUUUUAACUUUUCUUAAGCCGGCCCAAGCCAAACCGGAGAAGAAAGGGAAAGGAAAAGCUGACUAUUUGCGAAACCAACCGGAGAAUACAGCCGCCAAGAGAAGUGCAGAG